CUUGGAGUACUCUACAAAAGAACCCGAAAAGUGGCAUUUGAAUUAGUUAAAGGGAUAUCAGAGAGCUUAGGUCUAGAAGAAAGCUACAUACACAAAGCCUUGGAUAUGGAGUUAGGCAAACAGAUUUUCGUGGCGAAUCUGUACCCGCCUUGUCCACAACCUGAACAUGCCAUGGGCAUCCCUACUUACUCCGAUCAUGGUGUCUUAACCCUCCUCAUACAGAACGAAAUCGGAGGCCUAAAAGUCCAGCAUAAUGGCAAGUGGGUCAAUGUCAAUCCCCUUCCCAACUCCUUUCUCGUUAACACCGCGAAUCACCUUGAGAUAUUGAGCAAUGGUAAGUAUAAAAGUGUUCUGCAUAGAGCAGUUGUGAACAACAAAGCUACUCGAAUCUCCCUCGCCAUGGGCCAUGGACCGUUGCUCGAUGCAAUUUUGGGUCCGACAAUGGAAUUAGUGAACAGUGAAACUCAUCCAGCUGCAUGUAUUCCGAUGAAGUAUAAAGAUUAUCUAGAGAUGAAGCAAAACAACCAGCUUGAUGCCAAGUACGGCUUGGAAAGUGUUUAAAUUGUGUAAUUAAGCAAUUAAGCCACUUGCAUUGCAUGCAUAUCUGUGUACACAUAUUUUCAAUAAAGUUGCAUUUACUCUCAUAAAAAGAAAAAUGUAGA